CUCAUCAGAUCCACCAGUCAAGAAGCCGAGCAAAGCUCCGGUCUAACUCCGGCGACUUGUUUCUACACAUCACCACCAUGCAGAAAGAUGGUUAUGGCAAAAUCAUCCUGGCCCACAUCCUUGCUGCAGCCUCCAUUGCAUUAAUCUCCAUCACUGCGGUGCAGUAUCGCCGGCGAAAGCCCAAAUUAGUCAAAGGUCAAAACCUUGUUCCUCGGUUAGACAGAACAGGCUCCGGCCGUGUAGACAGACUAGAAAAAUUCUCUCACUAUGUGGCUCGACAAAUAGGAUUUAAAGAUGGGAGUGAGUGUCCAAACUUAUGCAAGUUAGCUGAUGAGUACUUGAAAAAACCCAAAGGGUCUGAGCAAAGCAUCUAUGAAUACUUUGCUAACGAACCAAACACUGAAUUGCUAUAUGUGAAGCUUGUUGAGGAGUUUGAAAGAUGCAUUCUUGGAUACUUUGCAUUCAAUUGGAGCCAAGCCUCUCUUGCAAUUAGUCAGCUAUUGACUGUUGAUUCUGAUAAGAAAAAGCUCAAGGAGUUGGUCAUGGCAGCUACAAGGAAACAGAGAUUUGAUAGGGUGACAAAGGACCUCAAAGUGACAAGGAUGUUCUGUACACUGGUGGAGGAGAUGAGAGUAAUUGGCGGCACGGCAGCAAACGGGGAUUCUCAAACAGACGUGAUGGUGCCGGUGGCCCAUAGUGAGAGGAGUCCGGUGCUCCUCCUCAUGGGUGGUGGAAUGGGAGCUGGCAAGAGCACUGUCCUCAAAGACAUCCUCAAAGAAUCAUUCUGGUCCGGAGCAGCAGCGAACGCAGUGGUGGUAGAGGCAGAUGCUUUCAAGGAAACGGAUGUCAUUUACAAAGCCCUUAACUCUAGGGGUCAUCAUCAUGACAUGCUUCAAACUGCUGAACUGGUGCACCAAUCAUCCACAGAUGCUGCAUCAUCACUCCUAGUAGCAGCACUCAACGAAGGGCGGGAUGUGAUCAUGGACGGCACCCUAUCAUGGCUGCCUUUUGUUGAGCAGAUGAUUGACAUGGCUCGAAAUGUUCACAAACAUCACUACCGCAUGGAGUUGGCUACAAGGUUGAAGACGACGGUACCAUUACUGAAAAUUAUUGGGAAAAGGUAGAAGAAGAAGAAGAAGCUGAGACGAAGCCAUAUAGAAUAGAGUUGGUUGGGGUUGUUUGUGACGUUUAUCUAGCCGUUGUUAGAGGUAUUAGGAGAGCUAUAGAUAUGGGAAGAGCUGUGAGGGUGAAGUCACAGUUGAAAUCCCACAAGAGAUUUGCAACUGCAUUCCCAACAUACUGUCAACUUGUUGAUCAUGCAAGGCUUUAUUGCACCAAUGCUGUUGGGAGCCCACCAAGGUUGAUAGCAUGGAAAGAUGGAGACCACAAGCUGCUCAUUGAUCCAGAUGAAAUCAAGUGUUUGACCAUGGUAAGCAGUUUGAACGAUGAAGCAGAGUCCAUAUAUGAGCUCUACAAGCAGCCAGAACUCAUAUUCCAGCCUGGUUCAGUUUGGAAUGACAUGGUUAUGUUACCAACAAGGGCAAGCCUUCAACUGGAGCUAAAGACUGCCAUUGAGAAAGCUGAAAAUCCUAUUGCCCCCAGCCCGGGUGGGUCGGGUAGCCUCCAAGAGACUCACUCGUCCGGUCCAGUGUGAGAUUGAAUCUCCCAAGAUGAAAAAUGAAAAAAAAAAAAAAAAAAUGGAACCUUUGCUCAGCAUCAAUGUGGAGUUGUUUUUUUUAGCACAGCUGAAGAGUCCAAGGAUUUAUCCUUUAUCCAAUGCUGAAGGAUUUAGACAUAGAACUGUUAAUAUUAAUGGUGAGGAAAACCUUGUUCAUCCUUUUUGUUAUUUUUUUCGCAUAUAAAUGGCA